AUGGCUCCACACGAAGCUCUUUAUGGACGGAAGUGUAGAUCGCCUAUAUGGUGGUUCGAUGUUGGGGAAGCUAUGUUAGUAGGUCCAGAAUUGGUACAACAGGCAAUCGAGAAAAUUAAGCUUAUACAGGAAAGGCUAUUAGCAGCUCAAAGCCGUCAGAAGUCUUAUACGGAUAAUCGACAGCGAGACUUCGAAUUUCAGGUUGACGAUUGGGUAGGCCAGGUAGCAUAUGCGUUGGACUUGCCUUCGGACUUGGAAUCUGUACAUCCAGUAUUUCAUGUGUUUAUGCUCCGUAAAUGUAUCGAAGAUCCUUCCAGAAUUGUGUCAGUUGACGACGUUCCGGUCACAGAGCAGCUAUCAUAUGAAGAAACUCCCAUUGCUAUACCAGACAGACAGGUUCGGAGACUGAGAACUAAAGACGUAGCUUCGGUGAAAGUUGUACUGGUGUAG